AUGUACAACGAAGAUUAUCACCCCCAACCCUCGACUCAUCAACAACCAAUAUAUCAUCAACCCCCACACAAUCCUUAUACACACUAUCCAACAAUUCCAAGUCAAGGUGAAUCUUCUUCAAUGCCUAAUUUACAAAACAAUCCAAAUGAAAUAGAAAACGUGAAUCAAAAAUACCUUUUGGUAACACAAGAAAUGAUUAAUCAAAGAAAGGAAGGUCAGUUUUUUCUAGGGUUCAGCUCUAUCGGGAUUCCGGAUGGAUUUGGCGAUAUUUUGCCGGUUUUUUGA